AUGGCUGUGGAACUUUGUUUACUGCUGUUGUUGCUUUCUGGAAGUACUGUUUCAGAGGUGCAGCCUUUACACAAACCACCUCCUGGAACUUUGGAUUUUGGGUUUGUGCCAGCAAAGACAUAUGAUACAAAUGCAUAUCAUGAACCUGGACCAAUAGGAAUUUUGUUUAGACUAGUCCAUUCUUUCCUUUAUUUAGUGCAACCAAAUUCUUUUCCACAAGAUCUCAUCAAAAAGCUAACACAGCAGAAGUUUGGAAAUGUGCAGGGUGAUUAUCAAAAGGCAAUCUACUAUGAAAUCGGCUUUAUAGUGCCUGCUGCUUUGGGAUUGCUAUUUGUUCUGUUACUGCCUCUUGUGGGACUGUGCUUCUGUAUGUGUCGUUGCUGUGACAACUGUGGUGGGGAAAUGCACCAAAGACAGAAGAAAAAUGCUGACUGUCGGAGAGGCUGCUUUGCAACAUUUCUUUUUGUUGCUUCUUUAAUUAUCAGUAUUGGUGUCCUUUGUGCUUAUGCUGCCAACCAGCACUUAACAAGUCAAGUCCGGGGAGCAAAGAACCUGGUGCACAGUAAUUUUAAAGACCUGAGAAUUUUCCUCAAUAACACUCCAGGGCAAAUUGACUACUUGGUGAGCCAAUAUAACACUACCAAGAACAAAGCACUCUCCGACCUUAAUAAUGUUGGGCCAUUGCUUGGCAGCAGAGUUCAGGAGCGGUUCGCGAAAGAAGUGCGUCCUGCACUCGAUGCAGCUCUAACAAUGGCAGGAGCAAUCAGAGAAACAAAGGAGGCAUUGGAAAAUGUAAGCGUCUCUGUGGAGGUUUUGCAGGAAGGUACUGAAAGGCUGCAUUCUAACCUGACCAAUGUUAAAAUACACCUGAGCAACACACUCAGUGACUCUGCAUGCUCUGCUGCUCAAGCUGCUUCAACUUGCAACAUUAUCAGAAAUUCAUUAAAUCAACUGAAUAUCAAUGCUAACUUCAGUGGGUUGCCAGGUGUGAGCACACAGGUUGCCAAAGUCAAUGACGUCCUUAAAAUAGACCUUUCCAGUUUGGUUCAAAAGGGCUAUGCAGCCUUUAAUGAUACUCCAGAUUUAGUGCUGAACCAAACCAGGAACAUCUUAUCAGAUAUCAAAAAUUUGUUGGACUUCAUUGGUUCAAAUAUCACUAGCUUCACUAAAAUGCUUCCUGUUCAGAAGGUUCUAGCUGAUUUAACAAUAUAUCUUACUCAGAGUGAGGCAUAUGUUCAGGAUUAUUUCCCAGUAGUGGAACAGUAUGAUUUCUACAGAUGGUUGGGUUGUCUAAUUCUCUGCUGCAUGGUGAUUCUGAUCCUGGUCUUUUACUAUCUUGGACUAUUAUGUGGUACUUGUGGUUAUGAUAAACAUGCUUCUCCAACAACCAGAGGCUGUAUCUCAAACACUGGCGGCAAUUUCCUUAUGGCUGGAGUAGGAUUCAGUUUCCUUUUCUCCUGGGUGCUGAUGAUCAUAGUGGUCAUCACCUUCGUUACAGGUGGAAAUGUAGAAAAGCUGGUCUGUGAACCCUUUGAAGACAGGACUUUGUUUAAGGUUUUGGAUACUCCCUACUUACUGAAUCGACAUUGGAGAAACUACCUUUCUGCCAUCGUGCUUAAAAAUCCAGAUAUUAAUUUGACCUUUGAAAAAGUUUACAGUGACUGCAAAGAAAACAAAGGAAUUUAUACCACACUUCACCUAGAAAAUCUCUUCAAUAUCAAUGAGUUUCUAAACAUUAGUAUGUAUACAGAAGAUGUAUCACUGAAAAUUGAACAUAUUAAUGUAAAUCUUAGCAAUAUCGUUUUGCUGGAUGAAAUCGGAAAGCGGAACCUUCUGGAUUUCAGUUCUUCAGGAAUAGAUGGAAUAAACUUUGCAGCAUAUUUGACAGAGAUCAAUAAAAGUGUUACCAAAGUGGAUCUUUUAUCAUUUGCUAAUGACUUGGAAGCAAGAGCAGACCAGUUGCCCAAAGGAGCACUGGAAAAUGCAUUAAAAGGACAUGCAAACAGUAUUCGAAUGAUUCAUAACCAACAAGUUGUUCCACUGGAGCAAGCUAUGAGCACUUUAAAUCAGAGCAUUAGAUUACUGCAGAGGACAUCAUCUGAAUUUAUGGUAAAAGUAAGAAAUGUGCUUAGUGCUGUUGAUGCUGCUCAGUUUCUCAUAAGCAACGAUGCAUCACUGGUUAUCAUCCAGGAAACCAAAAAGUACAUGGAUAUGAUAAUAGGCUACUUCGAGCAAUAUGUUGAGUGGGUCAAGGAGUCGAUUACCAUGGAGGUAGCCGCAUGCAAGCCUAUUGCCAACGUGAUAGACACUGCAGUAGAUAUAUUUUUAUGCAGCUAUGUAAUUGAUUCUGUGAAUACCUUCUGGUUUGGUUUGGGAGGCUGUUCAAUAUUUUUAAUUCCUGCAAUAAUUUGUGCUGUAAAACUAUCCAAAUACUAUCGUAGAAUGGAUACAGAGGAUGUGUAUGAUGAUAUGGAAAAUGGUAAUAAUGGUUAUCAUAAAGAGCAUUUAUAUGGUAUACACAAUCCUGUUAUGACAAGCUCUGUGGAACAGUGGUAG